AUGUCUUGGGCCGGAUUCAAGAAAAAUGUCAACCGCGCGACGACGCAGGUUAUGAUGAAGACGGGGCAUGUGGAAAGGACAAAUGACCGGGACUACGAAAUCGAGGAGCGGCGAUUCCGGACUAUGGAGGCGGCAUCCACCCGUCUACAAAAAGAAGCAAAGGGAUAUUUGGACUCAUUACGAGCCAUGACGGCUUCGCAAAUGCGCAUUGCAGAGACAAUAGAUGCCUUCUACGGUGACGCUGGGACAAGGGAUGGUGUGAGUCGGAGUUAUAAGCAAGCGGUUGAGGAUCUCGAUGCCGAAACGAUCAAAGCGUUGGAUGGGCCGUACCGAUCUACAGUUCUCGACCCCAUCUCCCGAUGGUGUGCCUACUUCCCCGAUAUUAAUGAAUGCAUCAAGAAACGAAACCACAAACUCCUCGACUACGACGCUAUGCGCUCCAAGGUGAAAAAGCUCGUCGAGAAGCCCGACAAGGAUGCCACCAAGCUCCCGCGGACGGAGCGCGAAACCGAGAUGGCGAAACAGUCAUACGAGCAGCUGAACGAGCAGCUGUUCACCGAACUCCCGCAACUUAUUGAUCUCCGUGUUCCGUACCUGGAUCCCAGUUUCGAAGCGUUGGUCAAGAUUCAGCUCCGGUUCUGCGCUGAGGCAUACUCGCGCAUGGCGCAGGUACAGCAGUAUCUGGAUGCAGAAACUCGCGACCAAUACGCUCGUGGUGAUUUGGACAACCGGGUAGAGGAGGUGUUGCAAGAGAUUCGGGAUUUGAGCAUAGCGGGAACUGUUUGA